AGUCGGAAAUGACUUCUUCAUAAAAUAAGAAGCUUCUAACUAAAAUGAUAAUGCCCUGCAAAAUGAUACCCCCUGUCGGUAAACUGAGUUCGAAAAGUUUAAAUGUUUCAAUUAACAAUACAAGUUGUCUAAUGCGCUUAUCGAUAAUAAGAAUUAUUUCAAGGCCAAAUAAUACACUCACUCUCUAACAAAAGUCUGUAUACAAAGCUAUUAAAGUUAAAGAUUAGGAAUUGGUAUUAAAUUUUUUAAAGUCUUAAUGAAAGGUAAAAUACAAAGACUAUUUUAGUUAUUCAGGGUUUUAUAAAUUGAGACUCAUGAAUUAAUCGUUUAAACUUUAACUAAUAAAUUCGGUUUAGAUUUAGCAUAGGCGUAGACUUUUGCCAUAUAGUGUAGGUCACGCCGUCAUAAAAACCUUAGACAAAAGCACUGAUCUGACAACCCCCGAAUCUUAUCUCUUUUGGAUGUAGUAAAUUAAUGUCAUCGAAAUGGGAAAAUCAGUGAGUUGAGCGAAUUCUAUAAAAUGCCAAGUUGGCUUUGGCAAAAAGUUAGUUGUAUCUAUUUUACUGAAGGCAAACUGUGGGAGGACCGAUUCCGAAAUGCGAGGACUCUUAAGCUCGUGGUGCCUGUAUGCUUUGCUGGCAGUCUCGAUGGUUGAACUGAGCACCCAGGCGUUGACUCACUAUCUAAACACCACUGAGGACAUUUGCCGAGAUUUUGCGAAUGGAGUGAAACUGCGCAAGCCCGGCACCUGCUCGGAAUGGAUAGAGUGUAAAGACUUUGCAACCGUAGAAGGGGGAAAGUGUGAGACCGCAGCUAAGCCUUACUUCAAUUUGGGACAAAAGGCUUGUUACAAAAGCCUGGACACUACCUACUGCAGCAGUCCGUGUACCGCAUCCACGCAGGGUUAUGUUGGAAGUACCCUAAAUUGUGACAAUUGGUAUUAUUGUGAUGGCAAGACGCUGAAGGGUCAGGGCUCCUGCACCGGUGGCCAGUACUUCAAUGAAGCAUCAAAGCAGUGCGCCUGGCCCAAAGACACCGUCUGCUCAGCCAAGUUCGAUAUGUGCGACAUUGUCCCACCAAAUGUGCCUUUCCGUGACGACGCCAACUGCAACAUGUAUUACACCUGCAGCAAGACCUUCAAGCUAACGCAAAAUGUCUGCUCAACAGGUCUCUACUACAGCGUCGAACAGGGAAAAUGCAUCGACAAGAAGCUGGUCGUGUGCGACGACCACCCAUUGCCGGAAAAUGUUUGCGGCACCAAGAAGCUGGCCGUGCGCAACAAGUUCGUCUCGGACGGUGCCACCUGUCGGGGCUACUACUACUGCAAGGAUCUUGGCUCCGGAGUGCCCGAUCCGGAUCCCGUUUUUCGUCAGUGUGACUCGGACAACUUCUUCAACCAGGAGCGACAGGCCUGCAUGCCGCGCGAAAGCCAAAAGUGCGCUCACGAUAGGUGCGAUGGCCGGAAUGAUGGAUACGAAGUGGCUGAGGAUGAAGGAUGCAAGCAUUAUUAUAGGUGCGAAAAUGGCCGAGAGGUAGAUCCUAUGGUCUGCCCUGAUAAUCAGACCUUUGAUGUGAAAGCCCAGGCGUGCACCGAUGCUGAGAAGUCGUACGACGCUUGUGCUUAAACUGUAGCAACCUAGAUUUAAUUGAAAUA